UGUCGUCUUCUGGUUGAUGCUGGUACCGAGGCCCUCAGGGACACAUUUAAUGUCAUCCAUCCACCAGAUAAUCUUCACACAGUUUUAGUAGAGAAGAAAGCGACGAAAUUGAAGUCACUGAAAACAAGAAAAGUUAUAACCGUAACGCAAUGGGGAAAGCUCCUUCCAGCCAUUCCAUCCUCGAUGUCAUCGGCAAAUUUUGACAUCACACUUUCAAUGGUCCUGGCCUGCUCCGAAACAUGCAUAUGCGGUUUAUCUUCUCCCGUAACAAGCUGGUAUACACUUCCUGCUGUGGCAGAUAUGAGUCGUGAAGCUGAUAUUGCUCGUUUUAAAUAUUACAGAAACACUGUGUAUGGUCUUACCGAGUGUGCUUCAGUUGAUGAUGCGACUUUCACUGAACACAUGCUGAAGCGACAUCAGGUGAGACUCGGUGAGACUGGGUGGGGCGAAAUACAAAUCAGCCAUUGA